UUUAAUGGAAAAAUCCACAAAUUCGUUUCGAUCUGAUGGGAAUAUGCGCAUCAGCUGAUUGACGUUAACAAACAUCUGUCAAACGUGCCCUGUCCAAAUCAAAACUAAUUAAAUUAUCGCAAAAAUGUCGCAAACCCGUGGUUAUGGUGCUUAAAACUGUGCAAUGUUCCGUAGUAGAAGCUGGUUCGGUGGUGGCUGGGGCCGCCCCAAGAACCCCCAUUCGCUGGAACACUUGAAAUACCUAUACAACGUGUUGUCUCGGAACCAAACAGUGUCGGAACACAACCGGGGUUUGCUUGUGGAAACCCUUCGGUCCAUAGCCGAAAUUCUAAUCUGGGGCGACCAAAAUGACUCGUCCGUUUUUGACUUCUUUUUGGAGAAGAACAUGUUGUCGUUCUUUCUGCGUAUCAUGAGACAACGAAGCGGGGGCUCGAGCUUUGUCUGCGUCCAGUUACUCCAAACGCUUAAUAUCCUAUUCGAAAAUAUUAGAAACGAAACUUCGCUAUAUUACUUGUUAUCAAAUAAUCACGUUAAUUCGAUAAUUGUGCACAAGUUCGAUUUUUCGGACGAGGAAGUAAUGGCGUACUAUAUCUCCUUUUUGAAAACUUUGAGCUUGAAACUGAACGCUCAUACGAUACAUUUUUUCUAUAAUGAACAUACUAAUGAUUUUCCGUUGUAUACGGAAGCGAUCAAGUUUUUUAAUCACCCUGAGUCUAUGGUCAGGAUAGCAGUACGUACUUUGACGCUGAAUGUUUACAAAGUUGAGGACGCAAGUAUGCUUGCGUUCAUCAGAGACAGAACCGCAGCUCCGUAUUUUUCCAACAUUGUUUGGUUCAUUGGCAAACAUAUCCAAGAGUUGGAUGCUUGUGUCCGCAACGAUGCCGAUCAUCAGUCGCAGAAUCGCUUGUCUGACCUCGUAGCAGAACACUUGGACCACCUCCACUACUUAAACGACAUCCUUUGCUUGAACAUCACCGAUUUGAACCAAGUCCUCACCGACCACCUCUUACACAAACUCCUCAUCCCUUUAUACAUCUACUCGCUGUCAACGGUGCGAAAGCCCACCGGAGGUGUGGAAGCAAUCGCAAAAGCGCUCAAUCAAAAACUGAACUUAAACGAAUCAUCAUCAUCAUCAAACGGUGGGAUUUCGCACGAACCCUCAACCGGGAAGGUUUCAUGCGUUGUCGCUUUGUUCCUCCUGUCGCAAGUUUGUCUCAUCAUUUCGCACUCGCCGGUUGUCCAAACCCUUGCCUGGAUAAUCCUCAAAAGCGAUCGCUCGAUUUACGAUAAAGGCGUCGAGAAAUUGCUAGAAGCGUACGAACUUGAAAUGAAACAAAACGGGAAAAAGGAAGAAGCCAGUGGGUCUGAAAACAGUUUCAAGGACGAUGUAAUUGAGGAACAUAAAAACAUCACCGAUGAAGAGAAACAACGAUUGGCGAUAACGCCGACUGAGAGUGAAAGUGUGUCGGAAAAACCGUUUUUGGAAACGGUUUACAACGCAUUGGACUGUUCGGAAAACGACUACGCUGCGCUUUUUGCCCUCACUUUACUGUACGCCAUGGCAUACAAUAAAGGGAUAAUGCCGGACAUAAACGAACAAGUAUUAAGGCCUAAAAAGACCUACACGUCGAAGACUUUAUCUCGCGAUGUCCGCUACACUUAUAACACCUAUCUGGUGGACAAACUCUUGUACAUAGUGCUGCUGUCGUGUCAGCCUUCGUGUCGCGUCCGUUUGGUGACGCUUGAGUUGGCUUUGAAGCUUCUGGUGCAACUAGUGAUGGCUGAUGGUAAAAGUGUACUUCUUGAGUCGCAUAAACUGACGAUAGAGUCGGCGAAAACGCAAAGUACGGCGCUCUUGAGGAAUUUUUACAAGAGUGAGGAGAUUUUUCUCGAUAUGUUUGAACAUGAAUACUGUGAUAUGUCGAAGACUUCGUUGAAUGUUGAAUGGUUGUGUAUGGAUAGCGCGAUUUUGUUGCCGCCAACGGGCACACCCAUGACUGGGAUUGAUUUCACCAAGAGGUUGCCCUGCGGAGAGCAGGUCGAGCGGGCGCGGCGAGCCAUCCGCGUGUUUUUCCUGGUGCGAAACGUGGUAUUGACGCUGAACGGCGAGCUGGAAACCCAACUGCCGCUCACCAACCCCCAGAGCUGCGUCCAGAUUGAGCAAGCCUUGGACCUGAGUAUAUCUCGUUAUAAUUCCGAUUUGAUCGCGUGUACGGUGCUUUGGAAAGACGGGACGAAGACGAGGCGAUUUCUGGUCAUUGAUGUCUUGCAGCUGAUUCUGGUUGAACCAGAUACGAAGAGGUUGGGCUGGGGGGUGGCCAAGUUGGUUGGGUUUCUUCAAGAUAUUGAAGUGACUGGGGAUAAGGAUGAUUCUAGGUGUCUGCAUAUUACGAUACAUAGGCCUUUGUCCGGGACUACGACCAAUCGGGUGCCAUUGCUCAGUGCCAAGUUUGUUUUCGACGAUAAUAUCAGGUGUAUGGCGGCAAAGCAGAGAUUAACAAAGGGCCGUAUCAAGGCUCGUCAAAAGAAAAUGCAGCACAUCGCCCGCCUCCUCGAAAUCCCCGGUCAGUCGGGGCCCCCAAGUCCCGCCUUCGUCGGCGGGGGCCUCUACAACCGCUCCACGGGGCGAGGCCUCCGCGACCGCCCCUUCGCCCUCUCCCGGGGGCCCGGUUUUGCCGCCCCCCGCUGGGAGAGCCCCCCAGGUGUGACACACCGAACGGACGAAUCGCGCCGUCAUCGUGACAGUGAUCCAAAAAUUUUGAAAAAGGAAGAUCGCACUCCCAACAGGUCCAGAGAUUCGUCAUCGAGUCGGACGAAGUCCAGGGAGGGUUCCCCCAGGAUGCCCAGGCCACGGUCGGAGGAGAUCCCGCUGGAGUUGAUCAAGAAGGCGUCGAAUUCGGUGAUUGAUAUGGCGCCCAAAAUCGCAAUUGUGCCAAGGCCGCAAGUGAAGGAAGAAAGUGAAGAAGUGGAGAAGAAACCGGAGGAGGAAGUUUCGAUCAGUUCGGAAGAAACGUCGUUUAUUGCGAGUGAGAGGAGGAAUUCGAAGAAAGACGGGAAUGUGGAGACGGUAUAGUACAGGGCGGUUUUGUUGACUUUAGUGUAAUUGAUUAAUAAAAUUGUUUUAUCAUGAUGAUUGUUUGAUUGUGUAAUUGGUGAUAAUCAAAAUGUUCCCUAGGAAGGUGAGAGGGAGGUCUAGCUGCCUGGAAUCUUAUUUUUGUUGAAAUUAUAAACAAUUUUUAAUAAACUUAUUUUUCUUUU